CUCCGUUAUCUUUCAUCGCGACAGUUUUUUUCUCUACUUGCGCCGUUUGUUGGGGUGUUGAGUGUAGUAUGUAGAAUUCAAAAAGCGGCGGGUGCUCGCCCAAAAUAUCAUGUACACGCCUUUGUCGAAUAUACCAUUCGUACACCAAUCCGGAGUGUGCCCAUCAUGACCACCACGGACGUCAAACAUGCCGAUCAAGGCAAUGUUGAAAUGAAUCUGGCUGCCGGGUCAACAUACAUCCCGGAUCUUAAUGACAAGGCCAUGGAGAGGCGCAUUGUGCGCAAAAUUGACAUGCGCAUCUUGCCAUUCAUUUGUAUCUCGUACCUGAUCAACUUUCUGGACAGAGUCAAUUUGGGAAAUGCACGCACCCUUAACAAUGACAUUCCUGCCAGCAAUAUCGUCCACGAGCUUAGCCUUACCGGAAACCGUUACAACAUCGCUGUCGCCGUCUUCUUUGUGCCGUACGUCAUCUUUGAAGCGCCCAGCAACUUUGCCAUGAAGUACUUUACGCCGUCGGUCUGGAUCGGGCGAAUUAUGAUUAGCUGGGGCAUUAUCACCAUCUGUACAUGCGCUGUGAAGAGCUUCGGCGGCCUCCUUGCGAUCCGAUUCUUCCUCGGUGUUGCAGAGGCCGGAUUCUUCCCAGGUGUCGUCAUGUACCUUUGCUACUGGUACAAGCCGUCGGAACGAGCAACGCGACUUGCUAUCUUCGCCGGUUCCGUUGCGGUUGCUGGAGCCUUCAGCGGACUUCUGGCGACCGGUAUCUCUUUCCUGAACGGCAAAGCAGGCCUCGCUGGCUGGCAGUGGCUAUUCGUGCUUACUGGUAUCCCGGCUGUUGUUUUCGGUGCCAUUGUAUGGAUCUUCAUGCCCAACUACCCCCAAGACGCCAAGUUCCUCACCGAAGAGGAGCGUGCUUUUGCAGUUGCUCGAAUGGGUCCUUUCGCACCGAACAAGGAAGACAAGACAUUCAACGCGAAGAUUGCCAAGCAGACAAUUCUUGAUCCACUCUUCUGGGUAUACGCGGUCAGCUAUUUCCUCAUGGUCAACAGCCUGAACGCAUUCUCCUACUUUUCGCCUACCAUUAUUGCCAACCUGGGAUUCAAGGGUUACACUGCGCAGCUGCUCACUGUACCACCGAAUGUGUUCGCCCUGCUCAUCAUCCUUGGAAACUGUAUACACUCCGACUACUCGAAGGAGCGCAUUCGUCACGCUCUUGCUGGUGUAACUCUUGUCGCGACUGGGUACCUGCUUCUGGCUGUGGUGAAGAACUGGAUCGGACGUUACGUUGCCGUCUUCUUAAUCGCGUGUACGAACUCGGCGGUCAUGCCCUUCCUGGCUCACCGCACGGCUACCGUUUCUGGCUCCACAGCAACAGCUCUCGCAACUGGUGUGACUAUCGCAAUUUCCAACUGUGGUGGCAUCAGUGCUCCGUUCCUGUUCCCCAGCACAAACGGUCCAAAUUACCCCAUGGGCAACUGGACCGUUUUCGGAAUGCUUUGUGCUGUGUUCCUCAUGACCGUCUACCUUGGCUUCAGGCUUGGAACAAGCGCCGAGUAUCGUGAUUUCGCGCCUGGAGCUGCUGAGCAGUUGGCUGCGAGGACAAGUAUCGAGGGCAAGGUGCCGGAUGAUGCCAGAGACUCUCGCGAAUUCCCACCUGCCGUAGCGCAGGGUGACGACAAGGACGCUGUGAAAAAUUGAGUAGCUUGGCCAAGUACCUUAUUAUAGACAGUGUGAUUUGAUGAACGAGUUAAUUCAUUGUAUUCUCCAACAACUCCUGUGCCCGUGCCUUCAGCGUUGUCAGGCUGUGAGUUCAGGAGAGCAAGAACACCGAAUGUGCAGCCGAGAGCGUUCGCCCCACUUUUCCGAACUGACGUCCCGCCAGAGCCUGAUUGGUUUGAACUACCCGCCCGUUUCACACACUGCCACUAUCCUGAGGUUUAGCGUUGUACAUGAAAGAAG